GCUGGCUGCGGUGCCCCCGCUCCGCGCAGAGCUCGGUCCUCGAGCUGCGGCGGCCAGGCCUAGCCACCCGCCGCCAGCGCACGCGCUCUCCGCUCACAAGCCGAAAGCUGCCUCUCUCCUCAGGGCAUCCCCGGCGAUGGCCGCGCCCGCGCGCCCCGCGCCCCUCGCGGCCCUGCUCCUGGCGCUGGCCCUGCCCGCCGCGCGCCUCGCCUCCGACGCCGGUCCCCCGACAAUCCCGCUCAUCGGCGGCGAGCUGACCACGCCGGCGAAGCUGCACGCGGCCCUGGCGCCGGCCUGGCGCAGCCUCGUGGAGCAGCGCAACGCUGCCGGCCUGGUCGCGCCCAAGGAGGAGGGCAGGCCGCAGCCGCCGAUGUCGGAGGAGGAAACCGCCUUCCAGUUUGACCGCGCCCAGAAGGGCCAGUCUGACUCGGCGCGGCUACUGCUCGUCCCGAAGAGGAAAAACGGCACGAGCAUAACUUUUCGGAGGCCCGCUCGGUUUGCUUGCAUCGGCGUUGGACUCCCCCUCGCUCGCGG